UAUUAUUAUUAUCGUUGCCCUGUAGGUAGAAUACGUAGAUAAAUUUGCGUAUAGCGUGAAACAGCUAAAUCAGACUACGUGAGCGAUUAUUCAAAAGCCGAUAUUAGCAACUUUAAUUACUAAGAUAUCAAUUAAAAUAUUAUUUCAAUUGUCUUCUGAAGCAACUAAAGAUGUCUGACUGGGAUACUGUACCGAUAACCCUGAGAAAGCGAGUCCCCAAAGGUUCAGCAAUGAAAUCCGAAAAGGCCGUUAACACCGCUCGUCGCCAAGGUGUCCCCGUCGACACUCAAGUUAAAUGGGGAGGUGGAUCAAAUAAGCAGCAUGUCAACACAAAAAACACUGCUAAAUUAGACCGCGAGACAGAAGAACUUAAACACGAGACUGUUCCUUUGGAUUUGGGAAAAUUGAUUCAACAAGGAAGACAAAAUAAAGGAAUGUCACAAAAAGAUCUUGCUACGAAAGUUAAUGAAAAAGCACAAGUUAUCAACGACUACGAAGCAGGCCGUGGAAUACCAAACCAAAUGGUAAUUGGAAAAAUAGAAAAAGUACUUGGCAUGAAACUUCGUGGCAAAGACCGUGGAACACCACUUGCAAUCAUCGACCCCAAGAAAUGAGGCUCGGCAGGCCAUUAUUAAAAAAUCAUUGAAUUAACAAAUGGUUCUAAAAAAAUGAAAAAAAAAUGAAAAAAAAAAAAACAAUUUUUAAAAGAAUUGAAAAAAUAAAUCUCAAAGGUAAAAAAAUAAA